GGUGGCUGUGAGUGGAACUUGGAACCUGGGCCCGUGGUGAACCGUCAGUAACCUUGGGCAAGUUGCAGGGCCUCUCUAUGCAAGCCGGGCAGUACCACGGGAGCCUAACACGUAGAGAGCACGAUCCUGACCCAGGGAUGUCCUACGGCAUAAUGGAGAUUGCCAUCAUUGCAGCUGUGAUCACUGCGGUGGCCUUGGUCCUGGUCUGCCUCCUCUUUCUCAUGCUCCGGUACCUGUACAGGCACAAGGGCACCUACCACACCAAUGAGGCCAAAGGCACGGAGUUUGCCGAGAGUGCUGACGCAGCCCUGCAAAGUGACCCCGCCCUCCAGGACACCGGGGACAACAGCAAGAAGGAAUACUUCAUCUGAGGGGUGGCAGACUUCACCUCCCUACAAGAUGUGUCUGGCUGCGGGAGAGAAAGCACACCCACCAUGCGCCACCAUUAUCAGCACCAGGAAGCCCUCGAGGGCACCCCAAGACUCUUUCUGCAGAACACUGGGGACCCACCAGGAAACCGAUCCAGAUGGGAGGAAUCGAGGUGUAGAGCACCUCUUCCGGGGACUCGGUGGCCACCCAGAGGCUGGCGUUGGCUCUACAAGGGGCGGAGAACAUCUGGAUACACAGGACUCCCUGUAAGGCGCAGGCCUCAUCUCACUAGCGUGAACACUCUCCUCACUGUGCGUGGGGUGGUGGGGCCUGGAAGCGGGGAUGUAUCCAAGAGUGGCACCCGUAAGCUGAUUGGCGAUACUGGCACCGGAUGUCCGUCCUUGACAUCUGGGGAGGGCAGCAGGUGCCAGAGAUAAAAGGCACCUCCCUCUCCCGCCAAUCCAGAGUGACAACAAAUACAUUUGAAGUUUAACUGGGCAUUCUUUACCAAAUGGCGCUUACUCUGAGUGUCUAGGAAACAGUGAACGCCACCCACUGCUGACCUUUCUCACGUGUAACAUUGCGUCUGCGUGCGUGGGGCAGGAAAUUGGCCAGUUCCAGCAGGAAGACAGCAGCAAGAAUGACCUUUCCCCUCACUGGUCCAGGUUUAUAAAACGGAUGGAAGGAUGAAGCACAGCCAUCGGGCCCCUGGCUGAAGCCCUGAUUUCUCGAUAAAUAGUAUUAGAAAAGGAGAGUUGUGCUCAACAGCCCUGAGUGAACCCCAUCCGCCCUGGGUUUGGGUGCUAGCUCCUCUGGACAGCUCUUAGGACCUCAAGCCAUGCAGUUGACAUCUCUGGCCUUAAUGUUGGUGUUUUUGACAUUUUUUCAAGUGGGAAUGAUGCUAAUUGUGUUAGUCCUGGUUCCCAACCGCCAGGAUUGUGGGAAGUAACAGAAGUAUCAGACACUAGGCCAUCGCUGUAUUCUAGUGUCACUAACACACUGCCUUCAGGGCUUGCCUGUGUUGGCUAGUGAGAAUUCAUCAUUGAGCCACCUCGAUGCAUUCUGAGAAACCACCGAUUUGAAAUGAGUAACAGGGAGAAAAUGAGCCAAUUGACCAAACCCUUCCAGGUGACACGGCCAGCGGUUCCCCAGUUACUCUGAGGCCAGUAUUGCUGAGUGUGAAGACUGCCCCCUGCUGUGCCCGUAUCAUGCUCCCCUGCAAGCUAAUGCGGGUAUAAGCGCAGUCUAGUAUGGCCACCAGCCAAAGGAGCUGGACGUCCUGGGAUUGUUGUGGGGGAAAGAAGCAGGGAUUUAAUUUUAACAAGAGAGUGGUCAAGGGACAGAUGACCCCCAGAUUGGUGAAUGUCUGUGUUCUCAUCUAGGAAAAGGCUGGCUACAGUUGUCACCCAUUAAUUUAGAGAGACCUGGUCUAAAACCCCAGUGGACGCUUGAAACCAAAGGCAGUAUUAAACCCCUUGUAUUUGGCUUUUCUGCACACACUUACGUUAAGAUUUAAUUUAUAAAUUAGGCACAGCAAGAAAUUAACUGCAGUAGCUCACAGUAAAAUGGCACCAUUUUAACCAUAAGCUGUAAUAAAAGAUUUUUGAAACCAUUAA